AUGAACGUCGAGAAUCCUAAGUCGGACACAGUCUUGCACGUCCACGACAACGUGGAAUCCUUGGUUCUAGUAGGACAAGCACAGGUCCUAAAUCCGGCAACCGCAGCCCUAGAACCAGCCUACGUAAUGCUUGACACAGGAGCUGACAGAUCGUUCAUCAGCAACGAACAGGCUGAUCGACUGCAGCUGGAAGGCGUGGAUUCAAUGCAACGCUCCAUUAACACUUUCGGACCGAACACGCCGAUACUGAAGACGUGUGCAAUCACUGUGCUGAAAAUGUGGGACGGCAACGGAGCUCUCAUACCUUUUCUGUGA